UCUUGAAUCAACACAUAUGGAUUUUAAAAAAAUUAUGAACUCCAAUGGAUCCAUAUUGUUGGGUACUUGAAUCACAAUGUUAGAGAAUGGCUUGACUGUGGUUAUUAAUAUUCAUGUUUCUGUGUGUACAGCAAAUAAUUUCUUAUAUAAACCUUUAUGUUUUUCUGUCCAAUUUGUGUUUACAGUCUGCAGUCCAUGAGGAMCUGYUGAUAUCCGGUGUUGCUGGCGGGAGAGACUGGACCUCUGAUGCGGCCGGUCACAAACCCUGGCCCCAGAUCAGGACCCUGGAUCAGGAGCCGUCACUCUUCCUUCCCGAGUCAGAACCAAGACUGAACCAUGAGGGACAGAGACUCCACCGCCACACAGAACACAACCAGUGGACAGGUGGGCUGAACAACCUCAGUCCUGGUGGUCAUCAGAGAGACAGAGGCUCCAGUCAGGGAUCCAGUCUGCAGCCCAGAUCCUUCUCUUCACAGUCUCAAUGCAGGGAUGAAGCAGGGCCUGGGGCUGGUAGAGAUAGACCCUCCUGUUCCUAUGAUACAAACACCACUGUAUCCAUGAUGAACAGAGCAGGUCACCCUGGGCUUCAGCCUUCACAGAGAGUGGUGGGAAACCCCCCUGGUGGGAGUCGAACAGGAAGUCUGUCUUCUCCUUCAGGGUUACGUCUAAUUCCUGAUGAUUGGGUUCAAAGAAAGCCUGGACCUGGGUCUAGCCUUCCUCAACUACCUCAUGGUUACCCCACCAAUACAGACAGGGUCAGGAUGGGCGUUCACCACAAGAGGUACCUAGCCGAUAACACAGCACACAAUCCCAACAACACCGAAACAAUGGCUAGAGGUCAAGGAGGGAACUCAAAGACUAACCAGAUGAGGGUGGUGGCUCCUGCUUCUACCUCCUCUGGUGUCAUUGGGUCACAACGUGGGAGGCCAAACAUUAAGACCGACGCUGACAAGCCAUACGCCUGCCCCACAUGUGGGAAGUGCUUUGCUGAGGCGAACUAUGUGAAGAUCCACCAGAGGGUCCACACAGGGGAGAAACCCUUCAGCUGUACACAGUGUCACAUGCGCUUCUCAGAGGCUGGCACCCUGAAGAGGCACCAGAGGGUCCACACAGGGGAGAAACCCUACAGCUGCCCUCAGUGUGAGAAAAGGUUCUCACACCAGCACCAUCUGAAGAGGCACCUGAAGGUCCACACAUGAGAAAGGCCAUUCGCCUUCUCUGAGGUUCUCAGAGAGGAGCUACCUCAGGAUACACCAGCAGAAAAACCAUUAUACUUCAUAACAUAAAAGUGGAAGCCCCCACUAGGCCCAUCCCCAAGCCUCGCAGCAAAGCUCUGGAUAGGCUCGGUCAGGUGGACCAGAUCCAUAGAGCCAAUCGGGGUGCUUCUUAAUCUUCUCUCAAGAAAAAAGAUUCAUUUUCAUUACUGUCAACAGAAAAGAGCCACAGAUGCAUUUGGAAUAACGAUAGGGACAGUGUUGAAUAUUCCUGAAUAGAAUAUUGCAUCCAGACAUUGUGUGAUAUAAACAGUAUAAUGCAUAUAUAAGUCUAAAAGGUAUAUUACAUAGUGUUUGUACUGUGUAGGAUAUACAUGUUCACCAAUGCCUAUUUCAUUACAUCAAUUUAAAUACUUUAUUUUUUACCAAGACACUUUUAAUGAGAAUUAAUGCAGUUCAUCAAGUUAAUGCAGAUUAUUUUGUUGAGACUUGUAUGUGCGGUUUUCAUAUGGUAUUUUUUUUAAUUUUUUUAAAUAAAUGUUUAAUAAACACAAAAAACUUUCAGAGACUCUCUUUAGUAUACAUCACAUCUGAUCUCACCCUAUUCUCCAUACACCCGAAAGCUUUACAGCUAAUAUACACUCACUAAAUAUACCUACACAAACACCUAUUGUACAAAUAGUUUAGUCAGGUUUCUCUGAUGAAU